CGUGGGGUCUUCUCUGGCGUGAUAAGCGGGAGGAGGAGUAAACGAGGAAAAGGAAAAGGCGGAGGGAUUGGAGAUGAGUGGGAGCAAGAGACCCCGUCGCGUUUUGACCCUCCGAAACCUUCCCGCACACCGCCACCAUCAUCACGCCUUCUCCUCCUCCUCCUUCUCCUUCUUCCUCUCUUCUUGAGACUGAAAACACAAUCGCUCAUUCCCACCCUUGACAUUUUGCAGCCUGUCGCCGCCCGCUGCGUGGACAGCGAGCACAAGGACCCUCGCUCUCUUUUGGAAGCUUUCCGUCUCUUUUGGAGCCUUCCCGACAGCACCGAGCAUCCCGAUCGGCUUGAAGCGGGAGCGAGCGAGAGGCGCACCAGGCGGAAGAGAGGAUCUCAGCCUCUGCUUUCUGGACUUAAAACACCGCUCGAACACAAGCGCCAGCUAUUUACGUUUAGGGGCACAGAGGGGGAGCCUGCUGGACUGUAGCCGGGCAGUGCAUCAUCAUCUUGGGGGGAGGACCGACUGGCGAGUCGCAUGGAGAAAAGGUAUGAAGACAUGGUGCACUACCCGGGGACGGAGGGCAUGUCGAUGGGGGUCUACGGGGAGGAUGUCAGACCACUUCCUACCCCUCAGUACGGAGCCCCCAUCCCCGAUUCCCUCAAACACCACAAGGACCAGAUCUAUGGUCACCCACUGUUCCCACUCCUGGCCUUAGUUUUUGAAAAGUGUGAGCUUGCCACCUGCUCACCCCGAGACUCCUCCUCCCUAUCGGCCACAUCCCACCUCCCCGGCAUGACGAGUCACAGCGACGUGUGCUCCUCGGAAUCCUUCAACGAUGACAUCGCUGCGUUUGCUAAACAGAUUCGUUCAGAGAAACCAAUAUUUUCUUCAAAUCCUGAGCUGGACAACUUGAUGAUUCAGGCUAUACAAGUUCUUCGCUUUCAUUUGCUGGAGUUAGAGAAGGUGCACGACCUAUGCGAUAACUUCUGCCACCGUUACAUCACCUGUCUGAAGGGCAAAAUGCCCACAGACUUGGUCCUAGACGAUCGGGAGGGAGGAUCCAAGUCUGACAUGGAGGACUUUAACGGAUCCUGCACCAGUUUGUCCGAACAGAAUGCGUCGUGGUUACGAGAGCCAGAUGAAUGUGCCACCACUCCUUUGGGGACCCCGGGCACCUGCGGUCUGCCUUCGCACAGCACAGCGGACAACUGUAGUGAUACAGGCGACGGCCUGGACGCAGGAGUGGCCUCCCCCAGCACAGGAGAAGAGGACGAGUCUGACAGAGAGAGGAGAAACAACAAGAAGAGAGGCAUUUUCCCCAAAGUGGCCACAAACAUAAUGAGAGCGUGGCUCUUCCAGCAUCUAACGCACCCAUACCCAUCGGAGGAGCAGAAGAAGCAGCUUUCACUGGACACGGGUCUGACCAUCUUACAGGUCAACAACUGGUUUAUCAACGCCCGGAGGAGAAUCGUUCAGCCCAUGAUCGACCAGUCAAAUCGCUCAGGUCAGGGUGGUCCCUACAGCCCAGAGGGAGCAGCUCUCGGUUACGGACUUGACGGACAAGCUCAUCUCGGCCUCCGAGCAGCAGGUCUUCAAGGGAUGCCGUCUCUGCAGGGGGACUACUCCGGGGCUCUGCUAUCCCAAGCAGCCUAUCCAGCCCACCCAGGACCUUCCAUCCACCCGUACCCGGGCCCGCACCCGCACGCCGCCAUGCUGCUUCACCCGCCGCCACACGCUCACACCACUGAGCCCCUCCUUGCACAAGGACUGGACAUCCAUGCACACUAGCUGUGGAGGGCGUCUGCACGUGUGUGUGUGUUUGUGUGUGUGUGUGUGCGUGAGAUGAUUCCAACACACUAUUUAAAGACACAUUGCUCCAAGAGUUUACAUUCCCUACCAAAAGACAAUGACCUCAAUGUAGCUCUCUCGCUCACACAAACACACACACACUGAUUUAAGCCAUACCUCUCUCUGAGUAGAAGUGCUUCCUCCGCUCCCAUCGCCUCCACUGUGUCCUGUGGAUGAGACCAAUGCUUUAACGUUGAUAUCCCGCCACGCGUGUUGUUGGACCACCCGCAAGAGACGAUAGGACGACAGACCAAUAUUUAUCGCCAGACAUGUUUUUACACUACAAAGACAUUAACUGGGUGCGCCUCGAUCCUGUGACCAUGCCUUCUUCAAGCUCUGUCUUCCUGCACAAGUGACUGCCCAGAAAACACACACACGCACACACCCACACACACACACACACACACACGCACACACACACUUUUCUCCCACUCUUCAUUUAAGGCUUAUCUGAGUUUUUAUUCUAUUUUUGUAUUUAUGUGAGCCACUCACGGCAGUUGCAGUUUGACCCGCGCUUGAUUGAAAUCUUCGUGCUCGUCCUCAGCAUGAAGCUGAACACGAUGAAUGACUUCCAGUCUGCCUCGCUCUCUUACCACUUACCUCCUUAAUAUGCCAACAGGUGUACGUUGCACCAGCGCGCGCGCACACACGCAUACUCUCACACACAGACACACGUGCACACGCGCACACGGUGGAGACAAGCUCUUCAAGCAUUUGCAUACGUGUUGCGUGUCGGAACAUUGAGACGGGAGCUGCAGCCAAAGGACUUUAAACACUCUGCUCCCGAUCUACUCUGCUCUGCUCGGACUGCAUUGAAAAAUAUUUCUGAAUGAAUGAUAUGGUCAAAGAAUAAAAAUGUUUUUUGUACCACA